AUGCGUCUCCUCUCGUGGCAGCUCCGCGUCUUUCUUGGCGCCACGAGUCUUGUACUUCUCUACGAUUUCAUCGUCUUGAUCGCGCUUGGGUCCUCUUCGUUCAUGCUACUGUACCUUCAGGGCGCCGUAGCACUCUCCGCGUCCAAGCUGGCGACACUGACGCCGCCCGUGUGGCUGAGCCUGCUCCACGUCGCGCUCCUCACGACCAUUGCUGUCACGUCCUUUGAGAGCGCUCAAGACGUCGAGCCACUGCUCCAGCGCGCUAACCUCGACCGUGCCUUCUUGCAAAACACGACGUACGACGGUGCCUACCCAUCGUAUGACUAUUCUUGGCAUGAUCCGCGCGAUACCAAAUGUCUCUCAAUGAACAACAAGGACAUGACACUCCGGCAGCGCUUUGACGAAGCAUACUGCGCCAAGCGUGGUCGCGUCUACUGCGACAGCUUCCCGAUGCGCGCCGUCCUCCGAACUUCGCUCAAUGUAACGUUGUAUGGCGUUCCGAUGACCAACUCGACAACACUGACCGACUUUUGUGGCUGCGUGACACGAAAUGUGCUGACGGUCGAGCCAACGUUGAGCGCGCUCUGUGACGGCUGCCAACAGAUGCGCGAGGCGUCGGCCUCGAGCGACUGGAUCGACGACACGUGCGAAGCGAUAUCGUGGGUCGAUGGCAUUUCAACCUUUUGCAUUUUUUACCGCAGCCAAAUGGUCUACCCGGAGCUGAGCCCCGCGUGCCGCCAUGCCAUGAUGAAGCCGAAGUAUAGCUCGACGUCCGCGGACGUAUGCUACAACGGGUCCUUUAGCGCCAAGGUGCAACGCGAUGCAAAUGCACUAGCAGCUACGGCGGUCGCGCUGGGCGUGAUGAGCCUCGUCGUCGCGAUUGUGCUGGGUCGACUCCAAGGCUCGCGGGAUACGGUGGACGAAGACGACGCGCUGAUGUUUGAAGCCAUGACGCAACCGUCACCAGCGCCGACCAUCGAGUAG